CGCAUCAAACGCAACAACUUGUUACAGCCUAACCACAUAAAAUUUCGGCCGAUCCACCACACCCUGCAAUGGCGUCCGCGCUCACCAACGUGAGCCUGUCUACCUUCGCGCCCACGGCCAGGGGCGACGUCCUGGCGAGGCCGCAGGUGGCCCCCGCCCGCGUCACCUUCCCGACGGCGUACCGCGGCAGCGGCGCCCUCUCCUGCAGGGCGGGCGGGCCGGCCACGCCGCCGGGCAUCUCCGACAAGAUGUCGGACAGCAUCAAGGAGGCCCAGGAGACGUGCUCGGAGGACGCCGCCAGCGGCGAGUGCGCCGCGGCGUGGGACGAGGUGGAGGAGCUCAGCGCCGCGGCCAGCCACGCCCGGGACAAGCUCAAGGACUCGGACCCGCUCGAGAACUACUGCAAGGAGAACCCCGAGACCGACGAGUGCCGCACCUACGACAGCUGAGCGUACGUGCUAAUUUGUUCUGGACGGCGGAUAGUGAAGCUGGACGUGGUGUUCUUGGCUCAUGGGAGCCCGAGAAACCUGCUAUGUCUCAACCUACCGUUACUUACACGAUCGGGAUGUAUGUAGUAAAAACGCGCCAAAUAUUUUCCCAGGGACAUACGUGGUUGAUAUACAAUUGAUAUUACAGACGUUUAUUUAAAGUUGUA